AUUCACGUUUUGUUGUGCCUCAGCGGUCUUUCUCUUCUCCAGCUCCACUGCACUCCUGUGGCCUUUUCUCUGCGGUUGAAGCAAGUUUUGACGAUGUCAGAGAAAGGAGGAAAGGGUGGUUCGUUGUUAAGCAACAAAGGAGGAUCCCUAAAAGGGAAAGAUGACAGUGCAACAAAAUCAUCUAAGGGAAGGAGGGUUCAGUUUUCUAAAGAAGGAGGUAAAGGCAACAAGGUUGCAAACGGUGGAAAGAGUUCUCUCUCAAAAGACUCACAGCCAUCAGAGCCUAGAAUUGAUCAAAGACUCCCAGAAAAUGUCAAAUGCUUGACAGACUAUGAGGCUGCAGAUGUUUUACAAGGAAUUCAAGAGCAGAUGGUCAUGUUAUCUAGAGAUCCAACUAUCAAAAUUCCUGUAUCUUUUGACAAGGGACUGCAAUAUGCCAAAAGCAAUAGCAAGUUUACAAAUCCUCUGUCCAUAAGAUGCAUUCUUGACCCUCUUGCAAAGUGUGGUCUCACUGACAGUGAGAUAUGCGUGAUUGGUAAUGUGUGCCCAGAAAGUGUUGACGAGGUUCUUGCUCUUCUCCCAUCAUUGAAGGAUAAGAGAAACAUUGAUACCGAAAUUCUUAAAGGUGCAUUGAGUGAGCUUGCUAAGGUUAGACAACCAAUGUAAAACCACACAAUGAAAAGGCUUAUGGGUUUUCCCUUUAGGGGACACGUAAAUGUAGCACAUGUGAAACAAUGAGUUACUGAGACAUUGUAAUGUAAAACUUUAAUCAUGUGUUAUAUUCUUUUUUAGUUUCUAGUCGUGUCCUCAUAGAAUUUGUACAUGCAAAGGUUUUACGUGGAUCUUAUAUAUCAUCCAUCCAUUAC